ACAAAAAGAUAUCAUAAAUUAAAAUGAAAAGAAAGAAGACAAAAAUGAAGAGUAGCGAACACAUCAUCAGCUCGUCUUUCCAUCUCCUCAACGAAAUUGUAAGGGCUUGGAAAAAUGGCCGACUGGACUGAACUCCCGCCCGAUCUCCUUCAACAAAUCUCAGAUUACCUUACCGUUUACUCCGACUAUCUCCGAUUUCGAGUUGUUUGUCAAAGCUGGCGAUCAUCGGUCCCUAAAAUCCCUCACCGUCUUCCUCCCCAGCUUCCAUGCCUCAUAAUUCCUCUGUAUCACGACUGCCGCUGUGGUCUAUUCAACUUCUCCGACAACAAAAUCCACUUCCUCUACCUCCCGGAGGCUUCUCUCCGGAAGCGCCCGUGUGGUUCUUCCCACGGCUGGCUUACGAUCCUCGAUGAAACUCCGUCGAUUCUCCUUCUCAACCCCUUAACCAGGGCCAAAUUCCGGCUACCUCCACUCUCCACGUUCCCAAACGUCGUCUCUUUCGAUUACUCCAGAGUUGGCCGAGAAUAUCUGAUCCGUACACCCACAGGACAUAUCUACACUCGAAAUUUGCGGCAGAUGCGCGAUUCUUUUGUCAAGAAAAUCGUUCUAUCCUCAAGUCCAUCGAACCAAAACGAUUUCUUAGCCGUGGCGAUUCUGAAUCACAGCGGCGAUUUGGCGUUUUGCCGGAGCGGUGGGGGAUCGUGGACUUUCGUAGACGACGCACCGUCUGAUUGCGAAGAUGUUAUAUACACCGACGGGGUGUUCUACGCGGUGGAUAAGUACGGCGUCGUUUCAUUGAUGGAUCUACGUGGUUCCCGCUCUCAAGUUUCACUAGUUGCGACAGAGAGGCAAUUGGCCGGCGAUAUACAAUAUCUGGUGAGAUUAGGGCAGGAAUUGCUGCUGGUGAGCCGGUAUUUGGAUAUUGUCAAUGACGGCAUGGAUGACGAACUGAUAUCUGUAAUGUAUCGGACGGUACGAUUUGAAGUGUUUCGAAUGGAAUGGGAAGGACCACGAUGGGAGAAAGUUGAAAACUUGAAUGAAAUGGCGUUGUUUGUUGGGGGAAAUUCUUCAAUGGCCUUCUCUGCUGCCGAUUUUGGUGAAAUCUCAGGGAAUUGUAUAUAUUACACCGAUGAUUAUUCGGAUAGCGAUUAUCAGGGACAAGGUGAAGAACCCGAUAUGGGGAUUUUCCGAUUGUGCGACGAAAGCUUCGAGCCGCUGCCGUAUUACUCCGGCGGCUCCCAUUCUCGCCGGCGUUUGCUUCCACCCAUUUGGGUUACUCCGAACCCUUGUUAAUUGUUAAUUGUACGUGUGGCGUUUGUGGACCGUUUCAAUUAAAAUAAUUGCACGUCAUUAUUGUUGCUUUUCA